CCUCCAACACCGCCUGCAUACACCGGCUCACUCACACUGACCUGGACCAUGAGCAAUGAUCAGCCUGUCCUGACAAGUCUGACUGAGAGCGCCACUGACGUCCCCGUCUCAGCAGGACAGGUGGAGAACUACGUCCUGCUGCUGGUGCUGCUGAGCGUCUUCGCCGGGGGGACGCUGGUCCUGCUGGCCCUGCUGCUGCUCUUCUGCCACCGCUGCUGCAUGGGGGGCCGACGCUACUCCAGAGCCAGCGAUGACCCUGAGAAGACUAACACCACAUACGCUGAGGACUCUCAGCCCACACAAGAAAUCACUAUUCGCCUGGAUGAGUCGGACGCCCUCUCGGCUUCGAGCUGUCACGAUGGGGAGCCGGACCGAUUCGUCUCCACCGGCGCCACCGGCCGCAGAGUCUCCUUCAACGAGUCCGCUCUUUACGAGCAGGAGAAGACCGCCAAGGACAAGGGGCGCAGGUACACUCUGACCGAGGGAGACUUCCACCACCUGAAGAAGGCCCGGCUGACCCACCUCCACCUCCCCCCGGCUCCAUGUGACCUGAAGAUCCUCACCAUCAUGGAGUGUGACUCCACAGAGAGCAGCACGCUCAACAUCAGCGAGACCGCCGCCCCCAAGCUGCCCCUCAGCAUCUACCAGCCCUCUGAGAGGAGACCUCCUGACUGGGCGGGACAGAGUCUGAGCGGGGGUCUGCCUGGAGAUCCACAUCACUCCGUCAUCUUGGACCAGGGUCUCCACCAGUCCCCGUCAGCCAUGAAGAGUCCACACAGUCGCUCUCAGACGAUGGAGACUCUUGGGGACCGGGGUGAGGUGGAUGUGGCUCCAGUUCCAGGACAGACCUCCGUCCUCAAUUUCUUCUCCAAGCUGCGACGGCACGCCAGCCUGGAGGGGGCGGGGCCUUACUUCAGGAGGUGGAAGUUUGACACCAGUCACCGCGCGGCAAGUCUGGACGCUAAAGGAUCUCCCAAAAGAAAACCGUUUCAGAGGCAGAGGGCGGCCAGUGAGAACACCGACCACACCGAAGACGACUCCUCCCCUCUCCAAGACGAGGCCUUCGAAUCUUUCCCACAAACUCCCAUCGCAACCGGCGGCCUGCAGGCCCUGUCCGCAGAGUCUCUGUCUCAGCCUGCAUCUGCAGCCUAUUUCAGCCGGUUGAACCUGGAGGCCAGGGCUGAAGGGGCAGCUAGAGGCACCGGGACUGAAGACCUGUGUUCUCCACUGAACGGUGGCGUCGCUCAGAGGAAGGAGGCGGCCACGGUCAAUGGAACAGGAGAGGAACUGGAGGCCAUGGUGGAAGCAGACAGGCUUGAAUCCAUAGAGGAUGACUUGUUCAGAGCACAACAGGAAGCAGCCGUCCAGGAACGCUUCGAAGAGAUGUUGAGGAAAGCUGAAGACCCAAAGACGGACACCAGAACAGCAGCGGUGAAAAAGAAGGAGGCGGACGUGGACGACGGAGACGAGGUGGUUCUAGGAGCCGAAGGUCGACGGCGGACCGACUCGGGCUCAUCUCUGUCCUUCAUGAUUCGCCAGGAGAGCUGCGAAGCACCUCCCUCUCUGUACAGGGACAUCUGGAGCCUGCGAGCCUCUCUGGAGCAGUACGCCUCGUCCGACCAGAGCAGCACAGACCGCGAAUCCAUCCGCAGUGACGCCGACAGCAUCUCGUCGGCCGGUGGGGCGGGAGCUCGAUCCGGUCUGGUCAGCUGCUUGUCCCAGGACCUGGACGAUGAACCGGAGGGAGACGGAGAGGGAGAGUCGACGGAGGGAGGAAUCAGAGGAGCGUCGGGAUUGGACAGCGAGAUGGGAAGUGGAGCUGAGGGAGAAGGCGGAAACAGAAAGCUCCUGCAGAUGGACAGUGGCUACGCCUCCAUCGAAGCACCGUCCAGGGCCCCGGAGGAGAUGCGGCUCUUUGGGAUCCCUGGAGCCCCUCGAGGAAAGACGGCAUCUGAGAGAAGGUUGUUUUUCACCAACUCUGGAAGGAAAGGCUCUGUUUGCGAAAGCACGGAGUCCAAGCUGUUCCAGGAGGAGCUGGAGGACGAGAUGUCAGAUGGCACAGAAACUGACGUCAAGCUAACGGACAAAUCUCAGACUGACAGUCAGAGUCUCACUCUUCAAGACCCCCACCCCUACCUGAAAUCCCUCCAUCCUCAGAAACCUCCAGAACCGCUGUCCCCGCUCCUGUCUCCUCUGGUGAAACCCAUCUCACAGCCCACCAGUCCUCACAGGCCUCGACUACGCCGCCGUGACUACAGCAUCGACGAGAAGACGGACGCCCUGUUCAACGAGUUCCUCCGUCACGACCCCCGCUUUGACCAGCAGGACUCGCCGCUCCGCUCCAGGCACCGGUCCAGAGUCCACCUCCGCAAACAGUGGCAAAGACACAAGCAAUACAGCGACCCCGGGUCCAGCUCGGGGGGCAGGUACUCCCCGUCCCUGGAGAGGCAGCGGUUCACGCCGCUGAGGAGGGGCGACAGCGCCGGGUACCCUCUGGACACCAGGUAUCACAGCACCCUCUCUCGGAUUGCCAGCGCCGCCGAUGAAGAAGCCAACGAGGUGGCGGCCUCGGAGGAAACAGCUAAGCAGCGGACGGAGAGCGGAGGGGCCGAGGGGGACGCGACCGAAAGCACAACCAAGAGGAGCCCGGAGUCGGCAGGGGACACCGAGGGCGGCCAACAAUCCUCAGAAAGCACAAGUAGCCAGUCGGCGAGCGGACCCAUGGAUCCACGAGUAGACAACAGGAACAACAACAGCAGCCAGGCCAUCCUUACCGAGGUCUCCUCCGGCAGACUGACGGACAAGCUGGCGGUGUCCGUGGAGGAGAGGCUGUACGGCGAUCUGAGGAGCGCAGAGACCCGAUCCGAGCGAGUCCUCGCCGUGUCCCGCACUGCCUCGCCUGGAUUAAACCCUACAUGA